UUCCUCUUUGUUUGCUCCCUCAUAACAUGUACAUGCCAAGUUACACCGAGGCGUGAGUUGCCGCUGUCCUACAAUCGUCAGAGAUCUCCAAACGAAGCUGUCUUCUUGCAAACUGCAUCAGUAAAAUCGUUGGCCAUCUUAAACCUACAAGUCAGGGUAUAUAGACAUCAUCCCCUGCUCUGAAACUUACAAGGUUAUGCCACUGCUAACAUAUAGCUCCACGAUUUAAUUUGGCCAUCGCUACCUGUCUGGAAAUUUUGAUGCAAUCAUGCACUCAUCGUGCUUCUCGAUUGAAACCAAGGCUCGACCGGAGGGAGUUCCAUUCAGAGGGAUUCAUUCAUGAAGCCCAACUAGCCAUUGAUGGCUGAGGCACAAGUGCGUUUAGAUAGCAGACCAAUUCUGGAGGUUGCCUGCCUCUUGGUGAGUCUUAAAGGGUAGAUACUGUUCGGGCUGGCAUUUCGCAGAUGGAACGGCAGGUAAAUUAGGAUCAGGCUGCAGUGCAGAGUACCUCCACCGUCAAAUAAAGGGCACACUCCAUGUGGCUUUUCUAGGCCUGUAAACAUCGGUCGGUGUAGCUUUUCCAUUACUCCUCUGCAGCACCAUGCCAAAGAGCAGCCCGCCUCUCUAUUUGCUUCGUAAACUGUAGGGCAUGAGGACAAAAGGAGGCAUACGAUCUCACCUCACUGAUUAAUCUGAUAUAGUCUAAGAAAAGUCUUGUCUUACGGUGAGUCAAUCGAUUUGGGCAAGAAGAUUAGAUUUGGACCAAUACCAUACCUGUUAUGGCUAGUGUGUCUCUUCCGGCAGUGGUUAUAACUGGAACGAGGAGGGGGCCGUAGAAGACAACUAACCAACCCAAGGUACGAUUCUUGCCGGCUCAGACACAGCCUUCUCUUUGUUUUGCGGCCUUGCAUCCAUCUUCCAUCCUUUCAACUCACUUUUCCCGUUGUAGUCCUUCCCAUCAUUACUCAACUUUAAAAAGCUCCGAUAAAUGUCAACGUUAGAUCUCUCUCUCUCUCUCUCUAACUUGUGGUCUUCAAAUACCAUUCUUCUUUGCCAUGCUUUGAUUGCUCUCCUUCGGGUUUAUUUUUUGGUCGUCGCAUCGGUUCUGGGAAAUUGCUCGGCACCGGUUGCCUUCUUUCGUUGGUGGCUGAAUCAGAGUCGGAGAACAGAAGCCAAACCUGGAUCCUUUUCCUUUUGAUGUCCACAUCUUUUGUUUAGCUGUUUGUGGUAGUAUAAGUUCGCGCAUGACUUGGAUCCUUUUCCUUUUGAUGUCCGUAUCUUUGGUUUAGCUCUUUGUGGUAGUAUGAGUUCGCGCAUGCCAUUGUUCAAAUCUUCUGCUCGCUGUUGCUUUUCUUGCGAGUCCCGAGUGCUGCUUUCUCUGGGAACGUCGGUCUGGCUUCCAUCGACGUGAAAUUAUUGCGCUUCACGGGAGGAGAAGCUCCGCUUCUUCUCACGCUGUCAAAAUCUCUACGUUUCCUUGGUUGAGUCAUCGGAGAUCUUCCUUGUUGAUUUGCAUCUUUUGGUUUCUCCCUCUUCGAUUAGUUCGGCCCUGCGUUCGUUCCGAAUAGUAUCGCCUUGAGUUGGUCUCGGAAUCGGCAAUGAGGAAGAGCGAUUCUCGGUUGGCUUUUCUCCUCCUCCAUCUCCUCAUCUUCCAUUCGUUAUCCGAACCAGAAAGCGCCAUUGCUCCGAUGGAGAAGACAGAGCGGGAUGCCCUGUAUCGGGUGAUCCAAGGCUUUGUCGGCAGAUCCUGGAAUGGCUCUGAUCUUUAUCCAGAUCCCUGCGGCUGGACACUAAUACAGGGGUUGUCGUGCGAUCUUUUUGAUGGUUUAUGGUAUGUUACAGCCAUAAGCAUCGGACCUAUCCUUGAUAAUUCCCUCGAAUGCGCGGAGGACGCAGAGUUCAGUCCACUGGUUUUUCAGCUCAAGCAUCUCAAAAGCCUCUCCAUCUUUAGCUGCUUCUCUUCUCGUCGACAAACAAUCAUACCAACGAGCAACUGGGAGAAUCUUGCUGAAACCUUGGAAACCUUGGAGUUGCGCUCGAAUCGAGGCUACGUUGGAGAAAUCCCAGCCGACCUCGGUCAGCUUCGGAAUCUGCAGUCCCUGGUGCUGGUCGAGAACUCCCUUGUUGGGAAGCUGCCAAUGGAACUUGGCAAUCUAAUCCACCUGAAGAGGCUAAUGCUGUCGGGGAAUCAGUUGUCCGGGACAAUUCCAGCUUCGCUUUGCAACAAUCUGGCUGAGCUGUUGAUCUUGGACCUCAGCAGGAACUCUCUCACGGGUUCUCUCCCUUCUUCUCUCUGCAACGCUAGGUCACUGCUGAAGCUGGAUCUCAGCAAUAACCAAUUACACGGAAGCCUUCCACCGGAGCUCGGAAAUCUCAGGCACCUCACGCUACUGGACCUCAGGAACAACAGCUUAUCUGGUGCUUCGUCGAAAUCUCUCCUUGGCACGGAGUCGAUUCAGGACUUGCUUCUGUCUUACAACCCAUGGGGUGGGAGUAUCGUGGAAUUCGAUUGGGAGAACCUGAGGAACCUUACCACCCUGGACCUUUCUCAUAUGGGCUUGACUGGGACGAUUCCUGAAGCUAUUGCGAGCUUGAAGAGACUGAGAUACCUUGCAUUGGAUAACAACCAUCUCUCCGGCAGUGUCUUUUCUGAAUUAGCAGCUCUGCCUUCUCUUAAUGCUCUCUAUCUCAAUGGCAACAAUUUGACAGGAGAGCUUCGGUUCCCCGAGAGGUUCUAUCGGAGGAUGGGAAAGAAAUUUGCUUCAUGGGACAACCCAAAUCUCUGUUACAAUGCUGUCACGGGAAAUGUUCCUUAUGGUGUGGCACAAUGCAAGCAGGACCGAGAGCCUUCGACCUAUGAUGACUCCAUUUCCAACGGAAGGGUAGACAAUGAGAAUCUCGACAAGAAUUCUGGUCCGGUGCCCUGCUUUUGGCUUCCUGCUCUGCCUUCUUCGAUUAGUGGCUUUUGGUGGGGAAUUGUUGCUCAGGAAGUGGUAAUCAUCAUGUUUCUUUUGAUCAUGCUCUUGUAAAUUUGCAAACCUGCGUAGGUAGAUAGUUCUAUACGUCAAUUUUUCUUCUUCUUCUUUUUCUUCUUUUAAACUACUUGUAAUCAAGCAGAAUGUUGGAAUAGUUAUCUAACUACUG